AUAGGGAUUGCUUUUUUUGUUCUACGGUCACACUACGGAUGUUUGACAUUCACGCAUGCGCAGUUUUCGGAGAUUAUUAAAGUGCCAAAAGGAUUUAGCAAACAAAUAUUUAAAUAUUUGUUUAUAGCAUUGUUAACGCGUUAAAAAAACAACCUUUUCUUCUUAUAGUCGAAUAAUAUGGAAUUUGCAAAGUAAAUUGACAUUAGUUGGUGCUGCAGAGGCUAUAAAUUAUAUGUUUACGUGUAAUUCAAGCCGGAAUUCCUUUGGUUUAUAAACAAGCGGAGAGUGCGAAUUGUUUGGUGAGCUGCGAAAGUUAGCUGAAAGAGGUUAUUCCUAAAAAAAUCGUAGUUAAUUUAACGAUGUCAGAGAAUACCAAUAAGUGCCAAUUUUUGCCUGACGAUCUGGAUGCCAAGGAGACAGCGGCGGCCACUCUGGCCAAUAUAUCCAGUCAACUGGCCAAGAAAAUCUGGGCCGUAACGCCCAACGAUAUUUGCCUGGGAAUUGUGGAACCGCCCGAGCCAUCUGUGCCCAAUUAUGGAACUGGAACUGGAAGUGCAUCGGGAUUGGGAUCUUCGAGUAAGCCACCGGUGAACGAUCACGCCUCGAUUUACAUAAGUGAGGUGGAGCGGGCUCUCUAUGGAGAUACCACUGGGUAUCCGGAAAAUGGCAGUCACAAUUACUUCAAGGCCGCCGAGAAUUACUCGGUGUUUGGCGAGAACUUUCUGGACUUUCCCAAGGACACCGCUUCUUGUUAUGCCGGCUUGGGACCGAUGGUGAGUCAUGCCUCGAAUCCAGCGCCGGGAUUCGAACGCUCCGCCAGAUUGUCUGCUCUUUAUGAUAGAAGACAAGCUCCGGGAUCCAACUUUUCGGGGGGCGGCUAUCAGCAACAACAAAGGCAGCCACAUCAGCAGCAGCAACAACAACAUCGUCCACCUGGCUCCGAUAACAACAACAGCAACAACAAUCGCAAUUUGACUAACAAUUUCAAUGAGAUUCCGUUUCCACAAUUUUAUCAUCAGAUGCACCACCAACAACCGCCACAACCACAUCUCAACCCACCUCAACACCAGCAGAAUUUUAACUUGAUCCAAAAGCCCCAGCAGCAAACAGGGCCUCCACACCCACAGCAGCAACAUCAGCAGCAGCAGCAACAUCAACAGCAGCAACACCAGCAACCAAAUGGAGGGGAUUUUGUGGGAUUGGGUCACUCCAAUCCCAAUGAUUUUUCCAUAACGCAGAUCUACCAGCAACUGAUGGCUCGUAAUCUGCGCUCCAAUCAGCAGCACCACCAGCAACAUCAGCAGCAGCAGCAGCAACAGGCAGCCCAACAGCAGCAGCAAACACCAUCAAGUGCUGCCGCCACUGCUGCCAUGAUUUUUGCCAAUCUUGAACGUCAGCAGCAGGUGCAAUUGCGCCAGUUGCAACUGCAACAACUGCAACAGCAACAGUCACGUUUGCCACGUGGCAUUUUUGGUAACAACGGUGGUCAGUCAAGUGGGGGAUCAACUCCACCAACAGGCAAGGAACCUCCAGCAGGAAAUCACAAAUAGGACUGUAUACAUUCCAAAUCAAACGGAUUUCAAGGGAGUCCCCAAAAAGGUCAGACUUUAAAUACUCCAUAACCAAACGGAAUUUAAAUUAAAUUAAAU